AUUAAAAACUUGGUCAGCAGUUGAAUGUGCAUCGUCCACAGUAUCCCCCUGUUGGUAUGGGGGGUCCUGGUGGUACUCCUGCGGCUGGUAUGCAGCGGCCGCCAGGUCCCCCAGGCCAGCAACCGUACAGCAGUGGCAUGGUCCGCCCUCCUACUAUGCCUUCAACACCCGGCUCUAAAAGGCCAGCUUCAUCAAGCUCCUCCAAAAGUGGAGGUGGAGGAGGCAACACUCCCAGCAGUGGAGGACCACAGAGUGCAAGCCAAGGGGGUGUUUCAGCAGAUUACUCCCACAGUAGUUCCAAAAAGAAGAAGAAGCUGGCUGAAAAAAUUCUGCCUCAAAAGGUGCGAGACUUGGUUCCUGAGAGCCAGGCAUAUAUGGAUCUUCUUGCCUUUGAGAGGAAGCUAGAUGCUACCAUCAUGAGGAAGAGAUUAGAUAUACAGGAAGCAUUAAAACGCCCAAUGAAGGUCAAGAAAAAGUUGCGUAUCUUCAUUUCCAAUACAUUUUAUCCGGCUCGUGCUGAAGGAGGUGACGGGGACGAUGCAUCUGUGGCUUCUUGGGAGUUGCGAGUAGAAGGACGACUGCUUGAGGACCAUAAAAAUGAUCCCAGUAAACUGAAGCGAAAGUUCUCAUCAUUCUUUAAGUCUCUGGUCAUUGAGCUUGACAAAGAUCUUUACGGUCCUGACAACCAUCUGGUUGAAUGGCAUAGGACAGCAACUACCCAAGAAACUGAUGGUUUCCAAGUUAAGCGCCCAGGAGACAAGAAUGUCCGCUGCACAAUCCUCCUGCUUUUGGACUACCAACCACACCAGUUCAAACUGGACCCUAGACUGGCUCGCCUCUUGGGAGUGCACACACAGACACGGCCUGUUAUCAUCACAGCACUCUGGCAGUACAUCAAGACGCACAAGCUGCAAGAUGCCCAUGAGAGAGAGUAUAUCAAUUGCGACAAGUACCUUGAACAGAUCUUCGGAGUCCCAAGAAUGAAGUUUGCAGAGAUACCAGGACGGCUGAACCAGCUGCUGUUCCCACCAGACCCUAUUGUCAUCAACCAUACCAUCUCUGUAGAAGGAGCUGACCAGAAGAAGACAUCCUGCUAUGAUAUCGAUGUAGAAGUGGAUGAUAAUUUGAAGACCCAAAUGAACAACUUCCUCCUUAGCACAAACUCACAGCAAGACAUUCAGACUCUCGACACCAAGAUCCACGAGACUGUGGAGACCAUAAACUCCUUGAAAACCAACAGAGAGUUCUACCUCUCCUUUGCAAAGGACCCACAGCAGUUCAUCCAGAAGUGGCUGAUCUCACAGAAUCGAGAUUUGAAGACUAUGACUGAUGUAGUUGGAAAUCCAGAAGAAGAACGUCGUGCACAAUACUACUUCCAGCCAUGGAUGCACGAGGCAGUCAACCGUUACUUCUAUAGCAAGAUUCAGCAAAAACGUGCUGAACUGGAACAAGCAUUGGGAAUAAGGAACAAUUAAUAGAAUUUCUGGUUUGAAAGGAAUAUAGAUAGCAGUAUGUAAACUUAGGCCCAUGUAUCUGUAUUGAAAAAUGUAAAAAUUCGUAUGAAUUUUGCUUUUUACCAAAACAGUAAUAAGGAUUUCAAAAUGUAUAUGUUCCAUUUAUGAACAGUAUUUUCCUUUUAUAUUGUCUUGAGAAAUGAUAAUUGUAUGUAAGAAUCUUUCCACUAUUGUGUAGUAUUUUAAAGGAAUAAAUGUCUUUUGUAUUU